AUGAGCGCCCAGUCGCCAUGGUCAUCGAAUGCCUCCGGCGCAGUCCAGGACCUCGAUAGCGCUGACGCUUCCCAUCAACAACAAGACUCGAACACCGAUGGACCCGACGCGAUUCGAGAAGGGAAACAAAAGGCUAAAGAAACAAUGGCCGCCGCUGGAAUCAGCUCGACCGAGUCGCCUGCCCCGGCGCAGCAAUCAGACACCCCGAAUGGCUCCUCGCAACCCAAUGGCGCGCCGCAAUUGAGCAGAAAGAGAUCGCGAGAUGGAACACAGCUCCCUGUUGCUCAGUCUUCUGCUGGCAGCGAUGGCGCGGGCGAAUCCCAGCCGGCGCAUAAUGAGAUCUUAUUGGACCGCUACAUCCAGCGCGAUAUGCUGCACGGUGCUGCUAUGAACGACCAGGACGAGCGAUCGCGCAAUCUGAUACAGGCCAAGAAGAUGGAAAAGGAGUUUUACAUGAAUGAGGUCGCAGCGCGAAGGAAGCAAGAUCCUGGUUCCAUCUUUGGAUACGGCUUCAUGGGAUACGGCAAUGGGUCGACGAACGCGCGGAGUCAGAUAGUGUACAGCUCCAAUCGAGGUCCACCCAAAGGCAGGAGAUCCAAGGUGCUGAAUGUCAACCGGAAAGACAACGCGCAGCAAGCAGAGCAACAUGAGGAGCUUGUGCCGGUGCGUUUGGACAUCGAAUUGGACAAACUGAGACUACGCGACACCUUCACGUGGAACUUGCACGAAAAGUGCAUACCGCAGGACCUAUUCAUGGACUACUUGCUGGAAGACUUGAAGAUACCGCCUGAAUCCAUACCAGAGGUGAAGAGGCAGAUCAAUGCGGAAAUGCAGGACCAGAUACAAAACUACUACCCCCACAUCAUUGUCGAGGAUGGCCCGCUGGAACCUGCGAGACCGUACGCGGAUCACAAGGACGAUGAGAUGCGGAUCCAGAUUAAGCUCAAUAUCACGAUCGGCCGAAUCACACUUAUCGAUCAGUUCGAAUGGGACAUCAACAAUCCCCUCAACUCACCGGAAGAAUUCGCGCGACAGAUGGCAUGGGAGAAUGCUCUGAGUGGCGAGUUUACCACAGCCAUUGCGCAUUCCAUACGAGAACAGAGCCAGCUCUACACCAAGAGCUUAUAUUUGACGAAUCAUCCCUUUGAUGGGCGGCCGGUUGAGGAUCCGGAUUUGAAGGAUGGUUUCUUGCCAGCGCCUAUCCACAGUGCAUUCAGGCCGGUGCCAGCCCAGAAAGACUACACUCCGUACAUGUACGAGAUGAGCGAGGCCGAGCUCGAAAGGACCGAAACAUCGAUGAUGCGUGAGCAUAGAGCGCAAAAACGGCAGUUGAAUCGACGUGGUGGACCAGCUUUGCCAGACCUCAAGGACAGACAACGGACUGUGCGAUCUUUGAUUGUACAUUCGGUCAUUCCAGGCGCCGUGGAGACAUUUGAGACGACUGGCAUCCUCAAGACUCGUCGCGGUGGCCGAGGCGGACGACGAGGUGCUCGUAAUGAUGGAGAUGGUGAUUCAGACGAGCUUGAUAGUGAAGAGUCUGGUGCAGAGUCUCCCGCUCCGUCAGCAAUCGCUGCCACCACUGGAGGCACUGCUCGAACUCGUGGAAUGCGCGGUGCUGCCGCUGCCGCACAGGCUAACAUGCGUGCGGGAUACGGUAGAUCAGAUACACCCGAUUCGCAGCUAUUAUCGGCACCGCAUACCGAGACCAGGACCUCGACAAGGAAGAGUCAGCUGCGGGAGGAAAGCGUGGCAGAUGAGAACGACCAACUCAUCGUUAAGCUCAAGAUCGGGAAAGCGAAAUUCAAGGCCUUUUUGGAAGACUAUAAAGCGAAGAAACGUGCGAAAGAAUUUCCAUUAUCUGGCUACGCAUCUCAGCCUCCGCCAGGUAUGAAUCUCGGCACACCGACUCGAGGAGCACCCAGUACGCCCGGAGCGACUCCAAGAUCUCAAGCACGAGGCACGCCACAACCGAACGGAGGUCAUUCCCGCGCAGCCUCCACGGCGCGGACAUCCGCCGUGCAGUACGAUGCUCGUGGCGCAGUAGACACAGACCACUGGCCUCGCCAAGACGACACUCCUCCCGCCCCACCCCCUUGGCUCGCCACCGCCAUCCGCAACCUCCAAGACCGACACCCCGACGACAACUUCGUGCCCCUCAUGAAACCCUAUUGCAUCUCGCUCGAAACCGGCGAAAUCACCAAAGGCAACCUCGGCCCCGGCGACCCACCACCCGCGGGUCUCAAACUGCAGUAUUUGCCCCGCAUCAGGUGUAAUGAUUGUCCCGGGAAAUUGUACACGGCGCAGUUGGGGAAGGUCGAGGAGGAGUUUGAGGUGCAUUUGAGGAAUAAGAAGCAUCGGGCUGCGGUGGAGGAGAGGGUUAGGCUGGGUGGGGCGAAGUAG